AUGUAUGAUUUCAACUCUUUGCCAAGAAAGCGCCAUCUGGCAUGUCGUCUGUCCGCAAUACGGGAGAGCGUUUCAUUGGCAGAUCUUCCAACAACAACACCGAACAAUCAUAAUAACGUCAAAAGCACCACCAUUGGCAAAGAACCAGAGCCACACGAGAAAUCGUGGAAGUUUUGGAGAUCGCUGUCAACGUGGCGCUCCCGAAAGUCUCUGCUUCAGAAUGGGACGGCGAAACUCAUCGAGGAUGGUGGCUUUGCCUCCUCAAAAACGAACUCGCUUCCAAACUAUGCUCUGCCGUCCACAUUUCAGAGGCGCCAAAAGUCAAUCACCGGCGGGAAAAUAAAAAUUGUGUUGCCAGAAUUUUCAAGAAAGGUUGUCAUGAAACAUGGAAAGAAAUCCACUGAGAUUAGUGCUAAAUAUCACCAUGUCCUCAUACUAGUAUUACAGAGUUCCGUGGAACUUCUUGGACAAAAGGUGGAUCCGCUCAUGAUACUCGAAAAACUAGCUGAAGCUCAGUUACUUGAUCCAAAGGCGCUGAAUAUUUACAGAAAUCCUGUGGACCGCCGAUACAUUAUUGAAAGCGUGGUGCAAACCGUGAUGGACUCGGAGUACCCGACGUUUUUACAGUUUUGCGAUAUCCUUAGGAGCGUUGCUGAUUUCACAACCGUCGCCGCUGUGUUAGACGCCAUGCUUGCAAUACUAGUAUAUGACGUCAUAUACGAGGUGCUAACUGGUGGCCCAGAAUCAUCGCCCAUAUUGGAUGAUGAAAAGUCUGUUUCGUUCGACGUUGUAUAUUACAGUCUGGACACCGGUAAAAUUCGAUCUGUGGUCGAGUUGGAAAAACUGAGAAACACAGAAAGCAAACGACACUUUAGGGACCUUCUUUCCUUCAAGAGGAAUUCACGACUCUCUUUUCAGUCUCUCACCAGUGAGGCGUCUAGUGUAUUUAGUGAAGACAUUAUCAUAAACGGGUUGCCCAUGGUAACCGUAUCUGUGUCGGGUCACGCGCUGUGUCUGUCGAAGGCCAUAGCACUUGCCGACGUCCAAAGAGAACAUGAUAGUAUUUUGGAACUCCACAUCGGGAAAACGCACAUUCGUGGCACGGACAUGUCGCAUAUAAGCGCCGCCCUUGUGGAGAAUUACUCCGUCCGGGUUUUAGAUCUGCGUUUAAACAAUAUCGGGAACGAAGGCGCUGCACAUCUUGCCAAAGCGUCAACGUCAAACAAAACGUUACGUCAAUUGAACCUGUCCUCUACGGGAAUAGACGCUGACGGCGUCAGCUGUUUGGCGUACGCUUUACGUACAAAUGUAGGUCUGUAA